UUCUGUGGUGCGCACGUCACUGGCGCUGUGCUCUGUGAUUGGCUGCUGAGUGCAGGUUCCUGAUGUGUCGCUCAAAUAGCUGGAGAUUUCGGAUGUGUUUGCAUCUGUUCGUGACAAACGAUCGUGCACAGUGGAUCCAGACCCCACAGACACACUCCGAACUGAAACCAGCUCCAGAAAAUGGCUCAGUGUGUGCAGCAGCGGCGGCGACUAGUGGCGAUGUGAACGGAGACGGCAAGACGAAGAGGAAAGUGGCCAUCAUUACAGGCAUAACCGGACAGGAUGGGUCCUACCUGGCUGAGUUUCUGCUGGCUAAAGGUUAUGAGGUUCAUGGUAUCCUCCGCAGGUCCAGUUCUUUUAACACAGGCCGGAUUGAGCACCUUUAUCAUAACCCUCAAACACACACAGAAGGAAGCAUUGGAUCCACUGGGGGUUACAUGAAGUUGCACUACGGAGACUUGACUGACAGCACGUGCUUGGUAAAGAUUAUCAAUGAAGUCAAACCCAGUGAAAUAUACAACCUUGGAGCACAGUCUCACGUCAAGAUCUCUUUUGACCUGGCUGAGUACACCGCAGAUGUUGACGGGGUGGGGACCCUACGGCUGCUGGAUGCAGUGAAGACCUGCGGUUUAACUGACACCGUCCGCUUCUACCAGGCCUCCACCAGCGAGCUCUACGGGAAAGUACAGGAAAUUCCCCAGAAGGAGACCACACCAUUUUACCCACGAUCUCCUUAUGGUGCUGCUAAACUCUAUGCAUACUGGAUAGUGGUAAACUUCAGGGAAGCCUAUAACCUCUUUGCUGUGAAUGGGAUCUUGUUCAAUCAUGAGAGUCCUAGAAGAGGUCAGUUACACACCACAAACUUUUUCCUUCUUUCUUUUUGUCCCUUUUUGUUUUGUUAUUUUAGUGCAGAGAUACUGAGAUCCAUUUGGUUGGGGCCACUUUCUGGUAAAAGUACACCUUAUGUGGUUUCAUUUUCAUUUGGUUUUGAAAAAUAUGCAGUAACCAACAGCCACUGCUAUGUGUUAGACCUCAUAAUUUCUGUCACUUCAUUAAUCAAAACAGGCAUAAGUUCUUGUCAGGUUUAAAAACUCAACCUCCUU